UGCAUAGGUCAUGGUCUGGAUGCUCCUGCUAUUGGCGUACUUUCGACGCUCGUACUGCCAACAGUCAUUGGACUCGUCAUCUGGCUGCUGUUCGCCACACUGCGACCACGCUAUCGGCAAGUGUACGGGCUGAGGGAAUGGUUUCCGCCACCAAGCCUUCGCUCUGCACCUCUUGGUCGAUCACUAUGGGCGUCCCUAUACCUCGACACACCCAUUGCGCCCUCCAUCCCCGAAGAUGUCACUAAUGCGGGCAAAUCCCCAGCUAGAGACGCACAACUUUUUCCCUCCGACGAAGAGCUUAGCCAGCGCACACUUUGGACAAGCACCUUGGUCGUAGCCAUCUGGUCCUUCGUCGGUCUGGGCGGCCUCUUGCCGCUCUACAUGGCAGCGACGCCAUGUAUAGCGAGUUCCACCCUACCCUUCGCCUAUAAUGGACAAUACUCGACUCUCCAGGAUCUCAGCCUGAUCCGGUUGCUUCAUCUGCUUGACGACACAACUGAUGCAUUUGGCAUAGCACCUUAUGUCCGCAUCCGCCUCAUCAUACUGACUAUAUUCGCGAUUGUAUUGACGCUGACGCCCGCCCUGUGGCUGGUGAUGCGCGAAUUCAACAAACUAGUGGCGUAUCGCGAGUCCUGGGUGAACGUGCGCUGCCAGGGCAUCGAGAUGGGCUGGCUGAGCGCGCGUCAAGCUCCCGGUCUAGUUGGCUGGGGCGAGAAACGCGUGAAGGAGUUCGUCGCGAAAGCGGGGUUGAGUUCUACCCUGGAAGUAGACAACGGUGAGGGUAAUGGCAAUGGGAGACGCCGCAACAAGAGACGGAACACGACAGGUUGGAACGAGGCGGAGAAGGGACAUCUCGAUGUCGAUAUUCAGAGCCUCUUUUCCAUCGGUGACACCACUCAGCUCGCGCUCUUGAUUGACGAGCGCGAUGAGAUUUUGGAGAAUCUGGAGAUCGCUGAAGCGAAGUAUAUACAGAGCUUCCGCCUUUCGACACCCGACCCGUCUAUUGCCGACUUCGAGCCUCACCUGUCCACUAUAGCCGAGGAACCAGGAGCUUCCACUCGACCCGUCAUUGGCAGACCGCGUCCAUUAGUGGGGCAGAACCAUCGCAAACGGCGGCGAGGAAGAAAUCCUGCGAUUGGUUCAUCGUCGCUUCCUCCCACGUCGUAUGUGAUGCCCUCACAGUACUACAAACUUCGCGGAGUAUCGGGAAUUAGCGGUGGGCACUUCGCAGAUGUUGACAAAGACGUCAUGUCCUCGGUUCGCGGAUCUAGCCUGGCUGACUCGUUCAACCAACGAGUUGUGGGCAGCCGAUUCCAAGAGGUGAACAGUAGCUCGCCCACAAUUGGCCAGAUACCCAUGGGCAGCCAAGUUGCAGUGAACAAGGACGGCCAGCUGGAAGCAGUGCGCACGCCUGAGACCGCAACCCUUGAUCAGCAGUGGGGCGGUGACAGACAUUCGUCGUGGGACACGACCGGUUUCAACGACGCGACUUCGCCAUACGCACAGCUGCUUCCGCACUCGUCCCAGGAUCAUAUGCUCUCGGAGUCCGACGAGGAUUGGUACGACGUCCUCGAACAAGAUCCGGAGGCGUUCAAUAACGCCGAGGAGUACCCCAAGAGCUCACGCAGGCGGCCGCGCCCCCCUCGACAGACGGGCGUGGAGCUGCCGCGCGAAUCGUUCCCUCUGAGAAACCGCGAGGCGAAGACUGCAGACGACGUCCCACCACCACAUCUGCGACUGCAGCAGAGGCAGCCGUUUGUGCGCCCCCAGUCGGGGGUCGAUCACGCCAGGCUCGGCGCGAUCUACGCAGACAUCAACCAGUGGCGGACAAAGUUGAAGGCGAUCAACCUCGAGAUAUCUGAGGUGCAGACGGAGAGCUACAACGACAUCGCGGACGGCGCGCGCAUUAAGGGCUGGCUCAUGAUCGGCCGCGGCCUGCGGCACAUCACUGGUAUCCAGCUCAUCGAGGGCCGAGCCAAGGAAGACAUCCGGUGGGAUGAGCUGCAGAACGAGGGCAGCACGCUGCGCAGCAUUGGCUUCUGGACGGCCGUCGUGACCUUUUCAAUUGUGCUGGCCGUCAUUCUGACACCGGUGGCCGCGCUGUUCCUCAGCACGGCGCCAGACUUUGCACACUACUUCCCGUUCUUGACGCCGCUGAACGAGGGAAAGCAGUUUGGAGCUGGCAUCGCUACGACCCUCGUACCCGCCCUCGUCGUCAUUCUGUUCAUUGGCGUUAUCCUGAAGAUCGUUACCUACAUCGGGCAACUGGUUCCUUCCGUCUCACUUUCCCAUUGUCAGCUGCUGAUGUUCAAGACGGUAUUCUACGUCCUCACGGUGGUCGGAGGUAUUGCACUCUUCACAGCGGGCGCAGUCCUGUUUGCAAUGCAUUCGUGGAGCAUCGACGUCGGUGAUAGUGCCUCUGUAGCCGACGGGAUUAUCUACAUGAGCGUGCUCGCCCUGCUCUUGCUUUUGGUCGCAGCAGUCAUGUUCCCCGGCUUGCUUCUGCUUCAGCCGAUCCGGUUGAUCCGCGUGGCCCGACACGAGAAGGAGGCUAUCACCUCCAGGCAGCGGUUCAGAGCCGUCUACCCAACGACGUACAACCCGACAUACGCGCUCAGCUGUUGCGUGCUCGCAUUUGCAUAUGCCGCUGCCUUCACCCUUCUGUUCCCACUCGUGGCGCCGGCAGCAUUACUGCUCCUGCUUCUAACUCUGAUCGCGCACCGCUUCUUGAUCGGUUAUGUCUACGGACGGACUCAUUCCUCCACCGGCGGGCUUCUACAGAUAUGGCUCGUGCGCAGAUUGGGCACUCUGCUUGUCUUGCAACCUCUCGUCCUGGGGCUCAUCUUCCUGAGCAGAGACCUCUGGAUUGAAGGAGGUAUUCUGUGCGGGUUCGCGGCUUUCACACUCAUCUUCGUCGAGUCGUAUGCGGCUUGGAGGAUCCGACUGCCCGGUCGGCGCUCACUGAGCCCUAUCACGCAAGACUCGUUGGAGACCUUCACGCGUACUGCACGACCGGGGAAAGGAGGAGAUGCGGAGGAGGAGGGCCUGAGCCUCGUGAGCUCUGCGAGGAACACACGGAUACGCGGCUCGUUUGCUUCCAUCCUGGACAUGAUGUCCUUGACCCUCGCAGUCCAACCGUCGCCAUCGGAAACGAGGGGUCCCGUCCCACUCCGUGAGCCGCACUCGACGGAGACGCUCGACGACCUGACCGCGACGGAGCGUGCUGCGCGCACGCACCCCGACGCGCCCCCGCAUCUGCCUGCGUUGCCAUUCGCGGACCACGCCGAGGAGAUGGCCGGCGUGCUCUAUGCACCUGAGCUCCUGGCUCCACCGCCCGUCAUUUGGCUACCGAACGAUGCGGGCGGGAUAGGUCGCUCGGAGGCGUAUGACCUCAUGCGGUAUCAUCACCUGCAGGUGACGCUCGACGUCCGUGCAAAGGAGGACAUCCUUCCCAGACGAUCGCUGUCUUCGCAGACACACCGCACGCAGGGGAGGCCAUCAUAGCCCUCGUCUCGCUGACCUCACGGACUAUUCCUGUUCUCCCCACCCUGCAUUGCUGAUGCGACCGACGGGCCCCUUUGCCCACCUGUUGUUCGGCGCUGCUGCCAUCUGCUGUUGUUUCAUUAAGCUUUCUCUAUGCGGUGAUAUGCGUUUUGGAUUCAUGCUCAUGCGGACUGAUAGAACGCUCUGUCCUUAUCGAUGCUCGAUGUUGUUCACGAGUUGUUGUACUGAUAUCGACGAUUACUUACUGACGACCCAGGAAUUGUACCGUACCGAGACGGCUUGUGACUAAUGUCAGGCCAUUGUCGCAUCACCCGUCGAGGCUUGCGUUCUGCAUGCACCUUGUACGGGACGAUGGCUUGUGGAUGUUACGUUGUUAUGAGCGCUCCUUACAGUAGACCACCGACUCGGCGGACAAGUAGUGCGGCUAAGCGACUCUGCCGCAAAGGAAAUUCGAGUACGCCUU